GUGCUCCUCUUGACAGCCUUGGCCGCUUUCGCGCCAAAAUGGGAAGAAGCUAUCGAGCGCUGGUGAAGAUGCUCAGAAUGCCGGAGGUUCAGAUGUCAGGUCAUGCGGAAUGGCAGCACCUUUCUUUGAUUGUGGAUUGCCUACAUGUUGUUGCAGAAGUGGUGCGCUCCAAGCUUUCCAAAGGCAGUUUUCAAGCCCUGGGCACUGACCCGCGAAUCCUUUCAGCGCAGAUUUUGGAGAACCACAUUGCAGAGAAGCGCACGCAAAAAACCGCGUGGUUCGAGCAGCUUGGUGGUUCCUGGCAUCUUCGUGUUGACUCCGAACAUCCAUGGGGUCGCUACAUUUACAAGUUUGCCUACCAAGCCAUGCUUUGA